GGUAGCUCAAUGCCCUAGUUACAGUUUCCGGCUUUUGUUAGCAUGCGAGUGGUAAACAAACCGAAAUCUGUAAAUUACUAAGCUGCCCUUGAACUUUAUGACCGACAGCUCAGGGUGAUAUGACGGGGAAAUACUAGUAGUUAAAUGAACGCUUACGGUGGGUUAAAGUCAUUCAGGUCAGUGACAAGACAGCCCAGCUAAUAAUGCAGUCAUGUUGGGAGUUUUCCAGACGACACAGAAGCUGAGGGCAGCUCUGAGACGCCUGUCCAGAGCAGGACUCCCACCUCUAGACCUCCAGAUGCAGUUUCUUAGAAGGGGCCGCUGUCCACGAAGUGUGGCCCUCUCUCGUAAGCUGCACAUUGGAGCAGAUGGAUCCAGGUCCUCCCCUGCUGCAGCUCCACAGAGGCUACCUUUCUCCAGGGUAACUGUGGAGGAUUUGGCCGUAUUCAGGAAGAUUUUACCAGGCAGGGUCAUCACUGACCCUGACCUGGUUCAGUCCAGUAAUGAGGACUGGCUGAAGUCUGUGAGAGGUUCAAGUGAAGUGUUGCUGAGACCUCAGACAACACAGGAAGUGUCACAAAUCCUCCGUUACUGUAACAGUCGUAACCUGGCAGUGAACCCUCAAGGAGGUAACACCGGUCUAGUUGGUGGCAGCGUGCCAGUUUAUGACGAGAUCAUCCUGUCCACCUCCUUCAUGAAAAACAUACUUUCCUUUGAUAACAUCUCUGGUAUCCUUACCUGUCAGGCAGGUUGUGUGUUGGAGAACUUGGUCCUCUACCUGGAGGAGAGAGACUAUAUCAUGCCUCUGGAUCUUGGAGCAAAGGGCAGCUGCCAGAUUGGGGGCAAUGUGUCAACUAAUGCAGGUGGUCUGCGUCUGCUCAGAUAUGGGUCCCUACAUGGAACUGUGCUGGGCCUUGAAGUUGUGCUGGCAGAUGGACAGGUGCUGGACUGUUUGUCCACAAUGCGGAAGGACAACACAGGAUAUGACCUCAAACAACUGUUCAUUGGUUCAGAGGGAACUUUAGGCGUCAUCACUGCAGUCUCCAUCCUUUGUCCUCGAAAGCCAAAAUCUAUUAAUGUUGUUUUCCUGGGCUGUGAAACCUUUGACCAGCUGCUGAAAACCUUUCAGCUCUGCAAAGGCAUGCUGGGAGAAAUUCUGUCAGCCUUUGAGUUCCUGGAUAGUGAAUGUAUGAGGCUGCUGAACACACACCUGAAGCUGCCUAAUCCCAUUUCUGACUGCCCGUUCUACAUUGUCAUCGAAACAUCUGGAUCGGACUCAAAGCAUGACUCACAGAAGCUCCACAACUUUUUAGAGGAAGCGAUGACAUCGUUGUUAGUUACUGAUGGUACCGUAGCAACAGAGGACUCAAAAAUAAAGGCACUGUGGUCUAUGCGUGAACGCGUCACAGAGGCGCUGACUCACGAUGGCUUCACCUACAAGUACGACAUCUCCCUUCCGGUGGAGCGGAUCUACCAGCUGAUGACGGACAUGAGGCAGCAUCUGGGAAACCGGGCCAGGAGUGUAGUGGGAUACGGACAUGUUGGUGAUGGCAACCUCCACCUUAAUAUCACCUCUUCUGCAAGAGAUCCGGCCCUGCUCGCUUCCAUUGAGCCGUUCGUCUAUGAAUGGACGGCCAGGUUUCAUGGCAGCAUCAGUGCAGAACAUGGACUGGGCCUUAAAAAGAGGAAUUACAUCUACUAUAGUAAAUCGGGGCCAGCUGUGGCUCUUAUGGGUAACAUCAAGACAUUGCUGGACCCCAAAGGUAUCCUCAACCCGUAUAAGACUUUACCAGACGAUCUAAAGUGACUUUAGGAGAAUCUAAAUAGAAAUCUUCCAGGAGCUAAUCUUGACAACCUCCACAUUGUUUGUGUGGGUAGAUGGCUCUUCCUGGCACACUCUGCUACAUAUUUAUAAUCCAGAGCCGUCACCUUUGCAGUAAAAAUAUCUUUACACAAACAAUGACACAAACUUUCUUUGUAAAGCUGUGGUUUAAUAAUCACUUUAUGUAAUUGUGUUGCCACCUGUUUUAGAUCCGGAAUGAAGGAUCGAUUUAAAAAGAACAGGACAGACCAGGUUAAUUAUCCUGAUGCAUCUUGGUGUAAUCUAAUGGCUUCCACUAGAGGGCCAUCAUGAUAUACAGAGUAGAGAGAUCAAUGUGGGAUAAUGUGGUAAAGGUGUGUGAACAGGAGAUAAGACGGAUGACCUCAGACUGACAAUGGCUUAAAUUCCAAUCUGAAAAUAAAUGUAAUGGUAAAUAUCGGUAAGCAAAGUUUACAGACACUAAACUUGUAAUAAACAGCUCACCAUUAGGCAAGAGUGCAGUAAAUGUUUUAUUACAUGUAAAAAAGACAGGGCAACAUUUCUUCAGAACAAAGCCAGCACUUGUGAGCUUAUUUCUUUGUACACCCAGGCAGUCGUUUUAGAUUUGAACCAGUAUGAAAUAAAAUAGUUUCCAAGGAG